AUGUCGUCCAUCAUUGAUUAUUUUCAUUCUAUUCAAAUUUCUGAUUUUGAAAUUCAAUUUCCAAAUUGUUUAAGAGAUUAUUUAAAUACAGAUGAUAAUAAUAUUAAUUCUUUUAUUAAUCAAGUAUUUCAACUUCCAUCAUUAGAUGAUAUUGUUAAUUAUUUCUCAAAAUUUGCACCUAGAAGACAAUGUCUUCAAAGACUUAAAACAAGUUAUAUAUGUUUAACAUGUUAUGGAAGAUAUGUAACUAUUUGUGGGGAAUGUUAUAAUCCAAAUGAACAUAUUGGGCAUAAUGUUCAAGAACAUACAAACACUGUAGGAUAUUGUGAUUGUGGAAUAUUUAGAAACGGAGGAUUUAAUCAUUGUAAACAUCAUUCACCAACAUUAAUUCUUAGAGAAGGAAUAUUAGAAAGAGCAUUUGGAGAAUAUUUAGAGCAUGGGAAAGAGAUAGUAAGAGUAAUUAUUAAAACAUUACAAGAAUAUUUAUUAAUUAAACAUACUUCAGAAGAAUGGAAUAAGUUUAGUUUAUUUAUGGAUAAAAUAAGUAAAAUCUUUCAAGCGGAGGUAUUAUAUCAAUUAUUUGGAGAGGUUUCAUCAGAAAUAAUAAUUGGAACAUUCUCUUUCACUCAAGCAUUAUUCAUUUUAAUAAAUUCAGACAUUCCAUUACCAGCUAAUUUUAUUCAACUGGUUGGACCAUCAUGGUUUAUUCCUAUGGCAAUGCAUCCAGCAGCAUAUAAACAUUAUAAAGAUUUUAUAUUAGUAAAAUAUCAUAAUAGAGCAGUGUUUUAUGGAAAAACAUUAUAUUUAAUUCAACAAGAAAUACAAAUACUUGAAAAGCCAAAAAAUCGUAAAGACUAUAUAAAUCUAAUAUAUGUUGUAAAUGAAUGUAGUUCAUUAUAUCUUCAACAAGACAUUUUAAAAAUAAAACAAAGAAAUGAAGAAUUUAACAAGUCAAUUUCAAUAUUUUCAAAGUUAAUAGAUGGGAUGUUGAGUAAUAAAAAGAUGUUACUUACAGAAGAUCAAUAUGUUGUUAAAUCAAUUAUUAAAAACAUUAUUUAUUUUUAUGUAAAUGGAAAAGGAAAAGAAUAUUAUAGAAAUAUACUUAAACAAGACAUAUUAGUUAAGAGAAUUAUACCAUUAAUGGGGAUAUGUGAUGAUGAAUUUAUUAAAAUGAUAAUGGAUAUUUUAAGUUCAAGUCAAGAAAACACAGAAAGUCAUUUAGAUUUGAUUACUGAAUUUUGUUUUAAUCAAGGGAAAAUAAGUGCAGGAGUAUAUCAAAUGACAAAGAAAUGUGGAGAUAAUUUAAGUCUUCCAAGUGUUACAUUUGAAGGAAUUGAAGUAGAUGAAAGAAUUAAUAGAUGUGAAAGUCAAAUUGAUUUUAUGGAUAUUUGUCAGUGUGAUAUUUUACCAUUUUGUUCAAGUCAAAUAGGCGAUACAUUUAAUAUAAUUAAAUUAUUUUCAAAAAUGAAAGAAUGUAAAGGGUCAAUGAUUGAAUUUAUUAAAAAAGAAUAUCCAAGUAUUAGAAGUGAAACAAUAUUAAUUAUUAUUGUAUGGUUUUUUCAUUAUAAAGAAAAAGAAGUUCCAUAUUAUAUUUCACAAAAUAAAAUGUAUGAAAAAUAUAAAGGAGAAGAUAAAACACAAAGCAUUACAAUGAAUGAAAUAAUACAAGAACAAAUAAAAAAUAAAAAAUUAAUAUGUAAUCCAUUUGUUCCAUUUGCACAAGGUAUAAUACAAAAUGUUUAUUUAUUUAUUUGUUUAUUAACAAAGAAAACAGUUGGAUUAUGGAAAACAAACAAUGAAAUAGAAAUAAUAUUAAAAUCAAAAGAAUUAACACAAAUACUUAUUCAAUCUAUUGAUGAACAACCAUUAUUUGUUAUUCAUGUGUUAUGGUUAAGAGUUCUUUAUAACAUUUCACUUCCAGAUGAUGAGAAUUGUUUUAUUAUCUUUACUCAACUUCAAAAGUUUAUAAAACAAUAUCCAUUUAUUUUGCAAACAAUCUAUAAAUUAUCUAUAGAAUAUGACUCAGUUACUCUUGGAAUACAAAAACUCUUUUUAGAAAGGUAUUUUAAAUAA